GAGAUGCAGGUCCAAAGGGAACUAGUGCAAUCAGUGUUCCUUCUGUUUGUGUUCUGCACGUUGUCACUUGCUCGACAUCUCACCUAUAACAAGAACACAACAGAUUCUACAGAGCACAUCUAUCACGGAACAGCCUCUUCAAUCGAAACGGUAACGCAGCCUUCGAAGUGUGUCGGAUUAAACAAUGAAGCGGGAUCCUGCGAGUAUUUGAGACGAUGCCUUUCUCAGCAGUACGAUUCAAAUUUCACGCUUGCCAUAGAUCACUUGUGCACGAUCGAUAACACGUACAUAGGCGUUUGUUGCUCGAAACGUGAGAGCGAAAUGGAUAAAAAAUCUACCAAGGGCAGGAGUUUUGCUGAAAUUCUUCCGUUGAUCGUCGCGAACGACGAUGGAAAACAAAACGAGACGAUCUUCCGUAAUAUGAGCAGAAUCGUUUGGUCGGCGGGCCACGACUCGACAACGUCUCGACCUCGAAAUCCAGUACUCAGAGGAUGCGGAAUAACGUUGAAGAGUCGAAGGAGAUUAGUGGGCGGUAGACCGGCCGAUCCUACCGAAUGGCCCUGGAUGGUUGCUGUUCUUAGAGGAGAUCGAAUUCAGUACUGUGGCGGGGUUCUUAUCACCGACAGACACGUUUUAACUGCUGCUCACUGCGUUUACACAUUGAAACCACGGGAGAUCAAAGUCAGACUCGGUGAAUACGAUUUCGAGGAGUCGGAGGAGACAAGGGCCCUGGACUUCACCAUCACCGAAAUACGCGUGCACCGCGACUACGAUCUCACCACGUACGAGAACGACAUAGCGAUACUGAAAAUGUACCGACCUACCAUCUUCGACAGUUACAUCUGGCCAGUGUGCCUGCCACCGAUCGGCCAAACGUUCGAGCACAAGGACGCGAUUGUAACAGGCUGGGGUACACAAUAUUACGGAGGUCCUGCCAGUACGAUUCUGAUGGAGGUCGGGGUUCCAGUCUGGCCGCAAAACAAAUGCGCAAACAGUUACGUCCAACGAAUUCCGAACACGGUGAUGUGCGCCGGCGUCUACGAAGGCGGAGCUGAUGCUUGUCAGGGCGACUCUGGCGGACCGCUGUUACAUCAACUGGCGAACGGCAGAUGGGUGAGCAUCGGUAUAGUGUCUUGGGGGAUUCGAUGCGGAGACCGUGGACGACCUGGAAUAUACACGCGUGUGAAUUCGUAUCUCGACUGGAUACUCGAGAACGUCGUAUUCUGAGCUUAUUAUGAUUUACCUUGGCUAACAAGCUUGAACAAAUGUGAAAAAUUGUCAUGAUAAUAGAAUAAAGAUAAACUUCAACCA